AAACAAACCAAUCUUUAGAUUACUGAUCGUACAUUAAUUUGGAAAUUGAGUUGUGCCAUCUGAAGAUACUGAGGAAGAUUUAUUAUACAUAAAUCUACGAUCACUGUGUGACGAGAGGAGUUCCUUCUGAUUAAAAAUGUCGGAUCUUCGAUUCGAUGGGCGUGUCGUUGUGGUUACAGGUGCUGGCGCAGGCUUGGGUAAAGCAUAUGCGUUACUGUUUGCUGAGCGUGGAGCAUCAGUUGUGGUUAAUGACUUAGGUGGUGGUCGCGAUGGUGAAGGAAGGAGCAGUGGAGCUGCAGAUAGCGUCGUGGAUGAGAUCCGACGCAAAGGUGGCAAGGCUGUAGCCAAUUACAAUUCUGUGAUAGAUGGUGACAAGAUCAUACAGACAGCUUUAGAGGCGUUUGGACGUGUAGAUGUUGUAGUGAAUAAUGCCGGUAUCCUGCGUGACAAGUCAUUUGCCAGAAUUAGCAACACAGAUUGGGACUUGAUUCAGGAUGUACAUUUGAAGGGUGCUUUCAAGACAACACAAGCAGCAUGGCCUCACUUCCGUAAGCAAAACUAUGGACGCGUCAUUGUCACAUCCUCCAACUCCGGUCUAUAUGGGAAUUUUGGACAGGCAAACUACAGUGCUGCCAAGAUGGGGCUGGUAGGUCUGAACAAUACAUUGGCAAUUGAGGGCAGGAAGAACAACAUUCACUGUAAUGUGAUUGUACCGACGGCAGCAUCACGACUUACUCAGGACAUUUUGCCACCAGACUUCUUUGCACAACUGCGACCAGAGCUGAUUGCACCUGUGGUUGUGUGGCUGUGUCACGAAUCAUGUGAGGAAAAUGGUGCCAUCAUCGAGUCCGCUGCUGGCUGGGCAGGAAAAUGUCAUCUGGUCCGUUCACCUGGUGGCCUGCUGCGAGCACGGAUUGAUCAGAUUGUGACUCCGGAGGCCGUUCGUGAGAGUUGGAGCAAGGUGACAGAUAUGUCUGCUGCUGCUCGGUUUGAAUCCAUCCAGGAGGUUUCUGGUACGCUGAUGACUGUUCUGGAUCAGAUGAAGGCAAACUGCGAACGUUCGUCCGAUGGUAAAAGUGUUGUGACGAAGUUCCAUUACAGCCCACGUGACCUGAUCCUCUAUGCAUUGGGAGUUGGUAGCACUGUGACCAACCCAAGUGAUCUGAGGUUUCUGUAUGAAGGCCAUGCCGACUUCUCAGCACUGCCAACAUUCCUUGUGUUACAUGGGGUCUCUGCUAUAAUGGAGAGUAGCGUUGCUCAUGGCGCGUUUGGCGACAGGGAUGUGAACCUGAGCAAGAUAUUGCAUGGUGAGCAGUACUUGGAGUUACUGGCCCCUAUAAGUACCGAAGGGACUCUCGAGGUGCAUUGUAAAGUGGUGGACGUGCUGGACAAGGGCUCUGGCACCCUUGUACUGGUGGAAGUGGACACAUUUAGUGACAGAGGGGAGAAAGUGGCACAUGCCCUGGUGACAGUAUUUGCUGUAGGAGUGAAGGGCAUAACUGACAAGCGUACAUCACCCCUCAAUAUACCAGCUGUAGAGCCACCAAACCGGCCUCCUGAUUCAACUGUUGAACAGCGCACAUCUCCUGACCAGGCUGCCCUCUACCGACUGUCAGGAGACCACAACCCACUUCACAUUGAUCCAGAUGCAGCUGCAUUCGGUGGGUUUGAUCGACCCAUCCUCCAUGGGCUGUGUUUCCUGGGCUUCUCUGCCCGGCAUGUUUUGCAGCAGUAUGCAGAUAAUGAUCCAACCAAAUUCAAAGCCAUCAAGGUUAGGUUUACCAAGCCAGUGAUCCCUGGACAGACGCUACAGACAGACAUGUGGCAACAAGGUAACCGUAUCCACUUCCAGACCAAGGUGAAAGAGACGGGCAUCGUGGUGAUAUCUGGUGCAUAUGUUGAUCUGACCGAGGUGAUUGCCCCACAACCCAAGGUAUCCAGACCUGCGCUGCAGUCAGACAGUGUGUUCGACAUGAUGAAGAAAAGGAUUGCAGCGAACCCAGAGCGCGUGAAGAAGAUUGGCGGUGUAUUCCAGUAUAACAUCACCAAAGAUGGCAGUACUGUUGCAUCAUGGACUGUUGACCUGAAGAAUGCUACAUUGUACCAAGGACAACCACAGGCUGGCAAACCUGACUGUACACUAACACUUGCUGAUGAAGAUAUGGUACAAAUUGCAUCAGGCAAGCUGAGCCCACAGACAGCAUUCAUCAAGGGCAAGCUGAAGGUGGCAGGGAACAUCAUGCUGACACAGAAAUUGGCUGCACUGCUCAAGGAGGAGUCCAAACUGUGAUUGCGAUGGCAGCGUACACUUCAGAUGGUCGCACAGGUCGUGCCUGCUGGACUACUUAUGUGGUUAUGAUUUAGUACGCAACAUUGACAGGAGCUCAAACCACUCAAGAAGAUUCAUGCUGGAAUAAUGCCAACUGAAGAUACUGUUAAAUAGGUGCUGGAGUCGUACUGUUAUAUGGGUUGGGAUGGGUUUAUUGAGACCGUAACUGUCAUUAGGUGGUUUUGUUAUGUAAACGCUGGAAUAUAUUUUGUUAAACAUUUUUAUUAAAUACUUAUUUGCAUCAUA